CCUUCGCCGGCGAAAAGAAAGAAGAAAGGAAGAGACGAGCGAGCUCCGAAGGGAAAGGGAAUGGAGGGUGGCGACAAAGACGGGCCGCCGCCGCCGCCGCCGGCGGAGGCGGACUCGAAGGACUUACAGCAGCAGAGCAAAGCCCUCGACAAGCUCACCGAUCGCGUCGAAGACCGCCAGCUCGAUUCCACCCGUGUCCAAAGUGCCAUGGCAGCUCUUGCUUCUUCAAAAGAAGCUGAUUGGAAUGCGAUGAGACUGAGGGAGAAGGAACUGGCUGCUGUCAAGAUCAAUCCUACUGAUGUAGACAUCAUUGCGAAUGAGCUUGAGUUGGACAAAAAGGUGGCAGAGAGAACACUGAGGGUGCACAAAGGUGAUGCUGUUGCUGCCAUUCGCUCUUUACUGCAGUAGAAGUUUGCAUGGCACAUCCGUUUGGCUCCAUUUUUGCAAUCAUGCAGCAUUAUCUUAGGCAAACAGGUAGAGAUCCUGAUAUUUUUAAGCUAUACGGAAAAGAGAAGUAGUCUCCUCGCCAGCAUGUACUCUAAAUUUUACAUAAAACAUAACUGUCUUGUCCUGGUGCACUCAUUGAUUUCUGUCAAACAUCUACCUUCUGGUUCUGUUAGUUUCUAUAGCUGAAUUUGUUCCAAUGGAUUCCACAUGUAUUGGAGGCUUGAACUUAUUUUACUGGACAUUCUUGGACCUCGCACUGGAUGUUGCAAUUCUUGUCAUUUCAAUAAUAUGCCUAUUUGAGUA